AUGUCUUCAUCAACCGCCAACACCCCCGCAGCGCUGAACGCGCUCUGCGACACGGCCAUCGCGUUGAUGAAGCAGUUGGAGGCCGUUUGCCUCUCCAUCAACGCCGGCAAAGAUGACUCCCAGGCUGCAUCUUCUUCGACUUCCUCCGUCGACCCUCUCGCCCUCGCAAACGACUCCGCAUCUUUGAUCAAGGCGCACUCGACCAAGAUCUCCGUCCUCAUUAUCAACGAGCCCUUCACACCUUCCGCCAUCGGCAAAGUCGUGCGCGAGCUUGUCGCCGGCCCUAUCCCUGGUAUCGCGACCGCCGCCCAGUCAUGCGACGCCGAGCGCUACACUGCCACAGUUCGCAAGGACUUGUCAUGGAAGUGCUACACUGUGCUCAAGGAGCUGCGCGGGCUGGUCGAGAAGAUCCCCAGGGACGGCAAGAUUCUGUCUGACGCCCAAAAGAGUGGCUCUGCCACUUCAACCGGCAAGGGAAGCAUGGCGGCCACGGGUGUCAUCUGGGCGGAAUGCGACGCGGUCAUGAACUUUUACAAGGGCGGCAUCGGCGGCUGCUUCAUCCAGAAGGUCGAGGAGUUCAGGGCAACACUCAAGGAUGUUAUGGAGGAGCUCAAGGAGUGGGGCGAGGAGGAACCCGAGGAUGACGACGACAGCGACGCCGACGAAUUCGACCACGAUUCCGCGCUGGGCUCCAUGAUGCCGUCCACGCAGGAGCUCAUCGACGAUAUGAUGAGCGGAUCACAGGCGAUCCCUCGAGACGACCCCGACAAGAUCCGCGACCGUCUCGAAUCCUGCUUGAAACGACUCAGGCUCACCACGCUCCUCUACCAAGCCAUCGUCAAGAGACGCUUCAAGACGUUGCCGUCGCUGCCUGUCGAAAACUCGGACAUUCCGAUACGUCUGGAUGAGUCCAUGCGUAUCCUUCGAAAGCUGCCUCACAUGUUUGAUGAGCUGGCGGGCGCUUUCUACGACCUCUCACCUGACGAGAUCGAUCGCGUUAUGAAUUUGUGCUUUGACGAGAUUGUUGCCCUCUCGGACCAGCUGAAGGCGCCAUGGAGCGGAGACAAGGACGAGUUUUCCGAGUGGGCUGUCAAGUUCCAGGGCGAGAUCAAGAAGGGCUGA